CCGCCCCGCCCGCUGCCGCCCCAGUCACCUCGCUCUGCGGCCACCCGGCACCAGGAGCAGCCACAGGCGGCGGCGCGACGGUCCCCGCCAUGUCUGCAGCCAUGAGGCAGAGGUUCGACCGGUUCCUUCACCAGAAGAACUGCAUGACUGACGUCUUGGCUAAGCUCGAGGCCAAGACCGGCGUGAACCGGAGCUACAUCGCCCUCGGUGUCAUCGGGCUGAUGGCUUUGUACCUGGUGUUCGGUUAUGGAGCCUCGCUCCUCUGCAACCUGAUAGGAUUUGGUUACCCAGCCUACGUCUCAAUUAAAGCGAUAGAGAGUCCAAACAAAGAAGAUGAUACCCAGUGGCUGACCUACUGGGUAGUGUAUGGUGUGUUCAGCAUUGCCGAAUUCUUCUCUGACCUCUUCCUGUCAUGGUUCCCCUUCUACUACAUGCUAAAGUGCGGCUUCCUGUUGUGGUGCAUGGCUCCCAGCCCGGCCAACGGAGCAGACCUGCUCUAUGCACGCAUCAUCCGUCCUUUCUUCCUGAAGCACGAGUCGCAGGUAGACAACAUGGUGAAUGACUUGAAGGACAAAGCCAAAGAGACUGCAGAUGCCAUCUCUAAAGAAGCCAAGAAAGCUGCUGUGAAUUUACUGGGCGAGGAAAAGAAGAGCACCUAAAUCACUGACUGGAUGAAACCUUUCUGCCCUCUCUGUACCCUCCUUUUAGAGCUUGAUGUUAUAUUAGGAACUGUGGUAUAAUCAUUUUAAUAAUGUUGCCUUGGAAACAUUUUUGAUAUAUUAAAAAAAGGAAUGUGUAAGUUUUUUUGCUUACUUUUACUGUCUAUAUACAUAGGGAACAUUUAAAUUUAAUGCAAUGGACAGUGUCCAAGUUUUUGGAAAGUACAUUUUGCCUCUGGGUAGGAAAAGACAUAUGUCACCAUCCUGCAGGAAAUAUAAACUUAAAAUUAUAUAUCUUACAGGCUUUGUACUUCAGUGGGCUCUCUCUGCAUGCAUUUUCUCUGUACUUUUAGGAUACUCUAUAAUGGUCUACUUCAUGUAAUGUACAAUUUUGUAUUAAAUGUUUUUAAUGUAUUUGUGCAUACACACGCAUAGGGAAAUGUUACUGUGUGUAAUGCUCAUGGGGAGCUCCUGCCAAAGGCUGAAGGUUCCACUGUUUUGGUGUGAUCUGAGUAAUACUUCGGAAAAUUAAUACACAUGAGUAAUGUUUCAAGUGAACAGUUAAGUGAUAAAUGAGGCUGAACUGGAGGUUGGCCUGGUGGUUUUCCUAACAUUGUAGCAGCUGAAUACAAAAACAUCUUUGUAAAGCAGUCAGUUGAGUGAUAAAUGGGGAAAUGUACAUACACACAUCACAGCUCCCAGUUCUGUAGAACUACUACAUACUAAUGAUGACACCAGGCUCUAAGAGCAAUUCUCGGAGAAGAAAGGAAGUAUGAUAUAACCCAUAAUCCAGUUGGCAGUGGUUAAGACAAACGGCCUUCACCUUCUUUCCCUGGCCUUUAAGGUCAAACACCAGACGCUUCCCUAGUUUACAAAUCAGAAUCAUUUGUAGUCCAUUUACACACCUUCAUCUUUACGCUUUAUUUUGAUAAACUGCACACAACCUCAUAGUUUAAGUACAGAACACAAAGUUAAAAUUAAUGUCACUAGCUUGAUUAGCCACAUAGCUUAUAGGGACCUUGACAACUUGUCUGUACUACAGAAUCUGAGCUUUGCACCAACCACACUGCUAGGAUGCUUCUGAAUUAGACUAAACUGACCAAAACAAAAGCAUAACAAAACUAAAAUUAAAUAUCCAGGCCUGUAAAAUAUUUCUUAAAGCAAAUAAAGAUGAUUAGUUCCCUUUCAGGUAACAAUUAGGUAAAAUCAUGUCGUCUCAUGAAAUCAUUUCUAACGAAAUAUCAAAGAUAUCAAAAAUAGGGGAUAAUAUCACCCUAAUAUUGUAAUAAUAUGGAUAAUAUCACACCCAGUAUUAUAGUAAUAUUUUGGGGGGGGGAAUGUGAUGAUAAGGCAUCUUAUUAACCAUACCUUAAAAAAUAAAAAACUUUUAGAAAGCAAACAGAAUUAGUUGUUAUUGGAAGAAAAUCAAGCCUUAGGUUAAAGAUUAAAAAAAGUACCUCUAAGAGUAUUUAAAUCCCUUUCCCCAUAAAUAAACUAUGCUUUUCUUGGUGGCAGAAGAAUGAAAAUUAGCAACUUCUAGCUAAUCAGAAUAUAUAAUCAGACUGUUAGUAUACAAAAUAUGUAACUUUUAGUAUACAAAGUAUCAGGCAAGGUGGAGCAUACAAGUUACUAUUGCUCAUAACUACUUACAGGCUAGUAUCAGUUUUAAAACUACUAUACUAAGAAAAUUCUGAAUGCAGUUUUUUUUUUUUUUUUUUAUCCCUAUAGCUUUAUCCUGCAGUGCAUUCUGUAAGAAAUUUUAGUUACUGUUUUUGGCAGUCAGCGUGUACAUAUUAAUGACAGGAGAACUUAUGAGUUGAGCAAUUCUGUCUCAGUUUAGUUUUCCCAAAUAAGAUACUGCAAUGGCUAGAGUAUUUGAAAAACUAAUCGAGCCUGUGUCUAGCUAUAAGACAAGCAUUUGUUUAUACAUGAACACUAUUUCGGGGAUAUGUAAAGGCAAAGAAUUCCUACGACAAUUUUCCUACUUAAGAGCUUCUGGUUGACAAUUACUGUUACUCUACCUACAGCCUGAAGAACAUGAGCAUAGCCUUUAAAUAAGUUACCACCUAUCCUGAAGAUGUGAUAUAGUAAAUGAAAAUGGAUGUAAAUAAAAUUCCGUUAUCUCA